GUUGACCAGGUGCCUGGCCAACAGUUGGGCUGUUGGGCAUGCCGCUGCCAGACCAAAGCCCCACAGGAAAGGGAUUGGAGCCCGAUGUGGAGAGCAAAAGUUGAAGAGCUCUCCUUGCGGGGCAUGACUUUGCGCAGCCUCAUGAGCUUUUAUCAAGAGACGCUUCUUCCUAUGCCCGGCUGGAACUAUGCCCCCAGCGACCACAAGACUAGAGAUGUGGUCCGUAGGGCCAUCAUCCCUCUCACCAGCAGGGAGGAAUCUGCAUAUGCAGUUUCGGCUUUGAACAGGGAUGGACCUCAAAGAGCUCAGGUUAUGGUGACCCACAAUUGGGGAAAUUGUUUCAAAGACUUGCUCGCGGCCAUCAUCUCGGAUGCUGUCCAGGAAAGCAGCUUCACUUUGUCAGCAAACCUGUUGGACGAAGACUGCGCAUUCGUUUGUGAAAUUCUAGCUCAGAGCGGUCGCUUGGAUGACACGUAUUGGAUCUGCGCGUUUGCAGUGAACCAGCACAUCUGCAUAUGCCACAAAAACCCUUACGACCGCGAUCCGUUGACGAACGAGUUGCAUCCCGUAUGUAGUUGCAGCAGCGUGAAUUUGGUUGAUCCGGAUGGCAGAAGCACCGCUUCAGAGGUCAACAAGUUUGAUGACAUGAUGCAUCAUCUUGUAGAAGCAGGAGGCUGCAGGCAAGUAAUUGCAGUGGAUCAAUCUCUUGACUUGUUUCAACGUGCUUGGUGUGUUGCGGAAAUUGCAGAAGCCAAACGUCUGCAAAUGAGUCAGGCACUCAAAGUCACAUCUAAAGCAACCAUCCUGCAACGUGCGCAAACCUUAGCUAAUUUGGAUAUUAGCAGUAUGCGUGCGGCAAGCGAUGCGGACAAACAACUGAUACUCGACAAGAUCACAAGGAGCAUGAGCAUCGAGCAGUUCAACGCAGAGCUUCGAUCGCUCAUUUUUGACCGGAAAUCGGGACUUCUGGCAUCUUGGCAUGCCAUGGACAGCGCGGAACAACUUGCAGAAGUCGGCCGGUUAGUUCGAUGGGGGCUUGCUGAUGCAGGCACUGGGAAGGUGUGGAAAGCAUGGGAAGCCCAAGAAUGA